AUGGCGACGAUCGUAGAGGAAGAUUUCCCCAUUGAUGGUGUUUUGCCAAAGAAGGAGACCGGCGCUUCUGCGUUUAUCGCAAAGUACCCCGACUGUGAUGGUCGCGGUGUUUUGAUUGCAAUUCUUGACACUGGCGUUGAUCCUGGUGCUGCUGGAUUGCAGGAAACAACUGAUGGUCACCCAAAGAUUGUGGACCUCAUUGAUGCUACUGGCUCUGGAGAUGUCGACACUUCCCACAUUGUGGAGCCUGUUGAAGGGGUCAUAACUGGACUAUCUGGAAGGAAAUUAAAAGUUCCAUAUUCAUGGAAGAACCCAACAGGAAAAUACCAUGUAGGAUUAAAACUAGCCUACGACCUUUUUCCUAAGAAUUUGCGCGAGCGAAUGACGAAGGAACGUCGUGAGGCUUUGUGGGAUCCCCAUAACAGGACAGCUCUAGCUGAGGCUACUCGCAGGUUGGAAGAGUUCGAGAACAACAAGACACCAGGAUCAAGUCUGGAGGAAAAGUUAAUCAAAGAAGAUCUUCAGGCUCAGAUUGACUGCCUGCUGAUUUUGGAGAAGAAGUAUUCCGACUGUGGUCCAGUCUUUGACUGUGUUGUGUUUUAUGAUGGAAGCACAUGGAGGGCUUGUGUGGACACGACAGAGAAAGGUGAUCUUGUUGGUUGUAAACUGCUGGCCAGCUACAACGAGGAACAGGAGUAUGCAACAAUCAGUGAGCUAGAUUUGAUGAACUUUUCAGUAAAUAUUCACAAUGAUGGAAAUUUGCUGGAAAUAGUCACAAAUGCAGGUUCCCAUGGCACCCAUGUAGCGUGUAUUGCAACUGGCUACUUCCCAGAUACCCCAGAACGCAAUGGAAUAGCUCCAGGUGCCCAGAUCAUAUCGGUGAAAAUAGGAGACACAAGGCUGGGAUCCAUGGAAACGGGAACAUCCCUUGUACGAGCGAUGAUCAAAGUGAUAGAGCACAAGUGUGACUUGAUUAACUACAGCUACGGUGAGGCCUCGCACUGGCCAAACUCUGGGCGAGUCUGUGAUAUAUUAAGUGAGGUGGUUAACAAGCAUGGUGUGAUAUUCCUGGCGAGUGCGGGAAACAACGGUCCUGCCUUGUCCACAGUGGGAACCCCAGGUGGAACCACAACGGCCAUAAUAGGUGUAGGUGCCCACGUCACUCCCACAAUGAUGGCAGCAGAGUAUUCUCUCAGGGAAAAACUGCCAGCUACACAUUACACAUGGUCCUCUCGUGGGCCCACUCACGACGGUGAUAUUGGUGUGUGCAUCAGUGCACCAGGUGGCGCUAUUGCCUCGGUUCCGAACUGGACUCGCCGCGGCUGUCAGCUGAUGAAUGGAACGAGCAUGAGCUCUCCCAAUGCCUGUGGAGCUAUUGGUCUGAUUUUGUCUGGUCUGAAAGCUAACGGUGUAGCGUACACUCCGUACAAUGUGAGACGCGCCCUCGAGAACUCGGCUCAGAAAGUCGACAGUGUGGAGGUGUUCGCUCUCGGGUAUGGGAUUGUGCAGGUUGAGAAAACGUUCGACUAUUUGAGUAACUUUGCGUCGGAGAAGGAGAACCGGAUUCAGUUUACGGUCACGUGUAGUGGAAACAAGCGUGGGGUCUAUCUCCGAGAUUUAUCACAGCUCAGUAAACCCGCUGAGGUGGCCGUCACAGUGGAGCCGACGUACUUCGAUGAAAAAUCAGAUCAUCAAGAUAAAAUCCUGUUGAAUAUUCAGUUCCGGCUGGUGUGUGAUGCAUCGUGGGUACUCUGUCCAUCUCAUCUGGAACUGAUGAAUGUAGCCAGAACGUUCUCUGUGAAAAUCAUUCCUCAGGGCCUACCAGAGGGGGUGCAUUAUACAGAGGUGACUGGUUACGAUGUACGCAAUAUCCACAAAGGUCCUCUUUUUCGUGUGCCUGUCACUGUUAUUGUUCCUUCUAUUGUGAGAGACACCAUCAGUUAUUCCGUCGCCUAUAGCAACUGCAGUUUCAAGCCCGGCCAGAUCCGCAGACACUUCGUACACGUUCCAGAGGGAGCAUCUUAUGCAGUUCUCAAGGUGACAUCGAAAGACUCCGAGAAAAGCUGUCGUAUCUUGUUGCACACUCUCCAGCUUGUUCCUCAGCAGCAGUACAAGAAGUUUGAGUUCGACAAGUUUGUAACACUCUCCGAUAGAGGGGAGACAACCCAGGCAUUCCCAGUCAUGGAUGGCUUAACUCUGGAAAUCUGUAUUGCAAAAUGGUGGGCCAAUCUAGGGGAGGUCACUCUAGAUUAUUGUAUCACUUUCUAUGGUGCCCAGUUGAAUGUCUGUCUACCUGUCAUGAAUGUAGCCGACGGAAUUCAGCGGUACACCAUCCGGUCCCAGCUGAAGAAUGAAGACUGUGUGCCGUCACUUUCACUGAAAACAUUGGUUGUACCUAUCAGGCCGUCCGAGCACAAAGUCCGCUGCCUACACGGCCACAGGGACUGUCUACCUGAGGGCAGGCAGAUCUACUCUAUUGAACUCACUUAUAGCUUCCAUCAGACUAAGUCUGGUGAGGUGAUGCCCGACUGCUCCCUGCUCAGUGAUCUGCUGUAUGAGUCUGAAUACGAGAGUCAGAUCUGGAUGAUGUUCGACUCUAACAAGCAGCUCGUGAGUUCUGGAGACGCCUACCCACACCAGUACAGUGCCAAACUGGAGAAGGGUGACUACACGAUCCGUCUGCAGGUUCGACAUGAGAAGCGCGAGGCGCUCGAGAAGCUGAAGGACGUCGUCAUGCUGCUGCACCACAAGCUGCCCACCUCCGUGUCAGUCGACCUGUAUGCGACCUGGAACAAUGCCAUCAUUGGGGGCAAGAAGAUGUCGUCCGUUUCUCUGCAGAAAGGAGCCGUAUACCCGCUCUAUGUCGCGCCCAUUCCAGAUGAUAAACUACCCAAAGGUUGCGUGGCUGGAAACUACUUGCUGGGAAGUCUGACUCUCGCUAAAGAAGAGCCCCUGAAAAAAGCUAGUUCGGUUCCAUUCAAGUAUGUGGUAACGGAAAACCCGAAAAAAUCUAACAGUAAAACGAACGAAAAGGAGAAGGAAAAAGAGAAGGAGAAGGAGAAGACGAAGGAAGAGGAAUACGCAGAAGCCGUCCGGGAUCUCAAGAUUUCCUGGUUGUCAAAACUGGAGCGCACCCACCCGCUGUACGAGGAACUGAGACAGGACCACCCUGACCACCUGCCUGUCCACAUGGCCAGACUGCAGGCACUCGACACAGAGAAGGAACACGACAAGAAUCUGUCAGACAUAAUCUCACUUUCCCGGUACAUCAUCUCUAAAAUUGACCAGUCCAAUCUGCUGGCCUUUUACGGGAUGAAGAGUGACCAGCGGUCAGAUGCAUCAACAGUCAAGAGUGAAAUGGACAAACAGAAGUUGAUGUUGCUGGAAGCGUACAUAAAGUUAGGCUGCGCCCAGGCAGACGCGGUGGCUCACCCUCCGGAAGUGACGGAACUGUCGACCGAGGAGUCUCUAGAAGACCCGUCCCUUGUGUCCCUGUCACCAGAGGUCACUAUACGCGACGUGGAUGAGACAUUCGUUGAGAUACAGAAGUGGGCAGACCUAAACGAAAUUAAGGUUCUUCCGUUCAGCAUAAAGCACGCCAUUAUCCACAAGCAGUACGGCCGGGCUGUGAAGUUUCUCACUAAACUGAGUGACGACAAGAGUACAAAGGAGACGGACAUGAAAAUUAUUGAGGCGUGUCUACAUUUAGGCUGGGAUCAUUGUGCCCGACAUUUUGAAAACUUGCUGCUGGCGAAAUUCCCAUCAGGAUAUCGGCCAUUUUGAAGACUGUGGUUUUUAGGAAAAUUCAUAGACAUUUUUUAGUGUACAUGAUACUGAGUGCAGCAGGUGCUUUUUAACUGACUGUGCGUGUCACCGUAUGUGUGUGUGGAACCCAGGAUCUGCUGAAUACAAUGGGGUUUUUUUAUGUGUGUGUUUUCUGUGUGUGUAUCUUUUAUCUCAUUCCAUUUUAUAUAAUACGUAUUGUACACAAACCACUGUUUAUAGUAACCCAUUUCUGUAGUGUUGUGCGAGUUGUUUUUAAUGUGUGUUGCCGAUGGUGAUUAAUAUAUGGGGGUUUUUAAGGUGUUUUUUUUCAAUAUAACUCAGGACUUCACCUGAUGCAGAUGUGAAAUAUUUCAUUUUUAGCUGAAAUAAUUAUAAAUAAUAUUUUUAGGUGUGUGAUAGUUGACGCAACAAACUCUCUUUUUGUGAGGGAUAAUUUUGAGGGCUGAAAAGGCAGAACUAGGAUCCAUUCAAGAGGGCAGGCGAUCGUGAUCGCUCACUAAACUGGUUUUCCCACCGAAUUUUAGAAAUAUGUGAUGUGAUAGAAGAGGAUGGUACCAGUCAAACUGUUCGCGGUCCUUUGGUCUCCUGAACACGCCAUUGACUACGUUGAAGUUUUAACAUUUAAAAGAUUAAAAAAGAACAGGAAAAUUGGUAUUUAUUCAAAUUAUAUUGCUCAUCAAUCUAUUACAUGUAGGUCCUCCAAAAAAAAACUGCACUGAAAGAAUGGGAAAAAAAGUGGAGUAUAAGUGGAUAUAAUCACUUCAGGCCCCUUGCUUAUAAAAAUUUGUGUUUUGACUCAA